AUGUAAUCAACUUCAUACUCAAUGAUAACUAAUAAGCCUAAAAAGAACACAAUUAGUACUCCCAAAUUUAGUGUGCUUUAAUCUAAACUAGCUCUCCAGAUUAAAGCAGCGGAGGCAAAGCAUACAUCACUGGACAGAGAAGAGUACGGAGAUGGAGCGAAUUUCCUAUAUAAGGUAGAAGGUGGUAAACUUGACAUUGCCUGCAAUAAGAGUGCAGUCAAGGAAAAUAAGAAACGCAAGUAAAAUAUUGAUCAUUAUGUCAGCAAUAUUGGUAAGGAGUCUGAUGCUAUUAUAGAAGAAAUCGAAGAGAAAAUUAAGUAGCUGGAUGAACUAGCAAAUGAUAACAUUAAGAUUGAUUAUGAAAAGGAUGUUGAGGAGAUCAAAAUAAAAAAAAUAUUAGAGAAGGAACGAGCGUUAUUCAAUCAUACUGGCGGAUCUGAAUUGAACACCCCAAAAAGUAAUAAUGACAUUAAAGACUCUGAUGAAAUUCCAAGACUAAAUAUUCAUCAUACUGAGACUCCUUUUUUCGGGGAUAAAUCAAUGUCAAAAAAGCGAACUUCAAUGAAUUAUACACUGACCGCAAGUAAUGCACUAAACCAAUCAAUAGCCAAUAGCCCGAAGAACAACUACAACUCACCCUACGAUAUAUCGCAUAAGCCGUCGUUCAGCAUAAGGAAGCACUCAAUAAACUCUGGUAUUGGUCAAAGCUACAACAGUUCUUUGAUAAAAGACCCCUCAACCCUCAAAUUCCCCAGUUUAAUCAAUCAAAGAAGAGCAUAUCAGGGCGGAUCACCAACUAAAAGGAAUAGAGUGAAUUAGAGCUACAAAACUUAAACUUAAUCUAAUGGCCAUGUUUCUAAUAUGCUUCAUCCUUUCUCAGACCCAGCAGAGUAAUCUCUAAAAUAACUACACAUGCCUGAUAUAUCUUCUAAACUAAAAACAAUAUAGUAAACUCAAAGUGUCCCCAUAUCACCAAAAGCUAGUAAUGUGAAAAUAGAUGAUACUGGGAGUGACAUUCAUAAACUCUAUAAAAUGGAGAAUUAGUUCGACUAGAGAUUUACAGUUAAAGACUACUCCUUGGAAUAUAUCAGAAUGAUCUCUUAAGAAUCUGGAUUAAUGAAAGAGCUAAUAGAGAAUUUUUCGCCUUAAUCAUUUAUGAAAGAACCUAGAUUAAAGCGAGGAGAUAGCUUAAAAAAAUCACUUAACCCGGAUUAAUAGGUAGGUGAAUUUUCUAUAAAGGCAUUUAUGCUGUAAGAUAGUCUGAGUCCUAAAAAAAGUUCUCCUAAAAACUUUCAAGAUGUCAUUACAUCUAUGACAUAAAGUUAAUAAUCAAGACCAAAGUUUGAUACCAAAAGAUAUAGUAUUUCACUUCCUCAAUCCCCAAAAUUCUAAGAUGAUAGAAGUAAAUUAUCUAAAAAACUUCAAACACCAAUGUAUCAUCAUAACAAUCAAAACUUGGCAACAUUUAGUAUCGAACCAAAAGAUAUGGUUGAAGAUCAAAGUAUAGUACACGAAGAGGAAGAGGAAUCACCCCAAAAAGUACUAGAGAGUCAAGAGACAUUUAUCAGCCCACUCGAAUUAGAGAAUGCACCAGUCUUUAAAGACUAUGAAUAAAGCCGCACUAGGUAUAAUACAAAUGUUAUUAGUCAAUAAAACAAUCAUUACUUCCAAGAAAACAAAAAGAACUGGGAUUAAGAAAUUUACUAUGUUAUAAAAGAGUAUCAAAAUAGCCUAAAUGCAGUUGAGAAAAAUGAUGCCAGAUUUUAACAGAAUAAAUAGUAAGACUCCAGGAAAAACUCUUAAAACAUUCCACAAAACAUCAACAGCAUCAGAUCAUCGUCUAAUACUGUGAAUGAAUCAAUGAAUAGUGCAGGGAUUUUUACAAAGCAACAUGACAAUAUAAUGUAAUUCUUAAAGAAAAUGGAAAAACAGCAUUUCCAUAAGGAAUUUAUGAAGUAUGAGAAAAAGUCUAAUAACUUCAAAUAGAACUCUGCUAGUAUGAAAAAUACUCGGGAAUCCAGCAUCAAUAAUGCAGGGAAUUCCUUGGACCAUAAUUAAAGUCUAAAUUUUGGAGACUAAAGUAACUUAGAAAAAUAAGGAGGAUAGAGACUAGCAGACAUCAGAGAAAGAAUUAAGAAUUAUGGUAAAUGGUAUAUAAACCCAGAUAAAUUCAACAGAAACUUCGACAUUAUGAGAUAGGUUAUCACAUCAAGAUAAAAGCAAGAAUAACUAGUCCAGAGAAUACAAAUGGUGAAGAAGUCUUCAUUUAAAGAGAUAGAUAUGAGUCAGAUUUUAGAUCCGCUAGGAUAAAAGGACAGUUUAAACGUCAGUUUAAAUGACUUUCAAGUGCCUAUUGACCCAAGUGGACCAAGAUCUACUAAUAAUUCAUCAGUAAAGUAGGAAACUAAUGGAUUUUCAAAUAAUGCGAAGAGUAAAGAUGGAAAGUCACAGCAUGUCGAAAUAAAGAAAAAGCAUAUUAGCAAAUAGUAGGUGGAGAUGGAGAUCCUUAAAAAUUUGGAAUAGCUAGCAAGUUCACUCAAGCAUCAUAAAGAAGACUAUGAUGAUGACUUUAUCAACAUGGAUGGUUGA